AUAAGAAAUUCAAUAAAGAAGUAAUGAAAUUUUUGAGAAAUUAUUUACGUAUUGAAUAUGGCAUCAACUGAACUUUAUUGUUUUUCAUCUUUGAUGAAGUGGAAUUUACAUCUAGUGACGACUUUUUAAUCAGUAUUGGAAGUUAUUAUUAAUCGAAGUUUCAGGUUCUGUCUAGUAAAGGUCCGGAAUGGGUGGAGCAGUCAGUGCUGGAAAGAAUAAUGAUGAACUUAUUGAUAAUUUAGUUGAAGCUGAAUUUAUCAAAACUCCUUUAGUUCAGCGUGUAUUUAGAGCUGUUGAUCGAGGCAAUUAUUACUCCCCAGAGCAUAAGGAAAAUGCCUAUAGGGAUAUAGCAUGGAGAAUGGGAAACCUGCAUUUGUCUGCACCAUGUGUAUAUUCUGAAGUUUUGGAAGCCUUGAAGCUCCGGCCUGGAUUAUCCUUCUUAAAUCUUGGAAGUGGCAGUGGCUAUCUUAGUACAGUAGCAGGAUUAGUUUUAGGUCCUUAUGGCACAAAUCAUGGGAUUGAAUUAUAUAGUGACAUAGUAGAUUUUGCAUAUGAAAGAUUAGAACAUUUUUUAAAGAAUUCAAUGGCAGUUGAUGAAUAUGAUUUUUGUGAGCCCUCAUUUGUGGUUGGUAACUGCUUGAUGCUUGACAGCAGCUGUCAACAAUAUGAUAGAGUUUACUGUGGAGCAUCUUGUCCAGAAGAAUAUGAAACUUAUAUUAAAAACCUAGUCAAAAUUGGGGGUAUCUUAAUCAUGCCUCUCAAUGAAAAGAUAACAAAUAUGAAAGACUAAGUGCAACGUUGUAACAAACUUCAUUUCCGUCCAUCGACUCCUAAUUUUUUUCUGAAUCCAUUUGAAAUUAACAAAAUUCAAGGUGAGUUUUCCAUUUCCAAUAUAAUUGUGACCCAAAAAGCAUCUAGAGAAUUAGAAUUAAUAGAGAUGCAAGAAGAUCAAGCUCUGCAAUUAAAAUAUAA